AUGGUGUCUUCAGUCCGGAUCCCGGCGAUAGCUGACAGGGAGAUCGUGGGCGUUUCUUGGCCCGCAGGUUGGUCCUCUUCAUCAUCCGUCUCAGUUUAUGCCAAGAUAAGUGCAAAAAUAUAUCUCAAGUUGUACAAAGCUAAUGUCUCAGUACCCUUGGAUCAAGAUUAUUUUACUACAUUCCCCAUUCUAAAUACAUCGAUAACAUUUAGAAUGAGCGCCCAGUACUUCAUUGUUCUGGAUGACUUGUGGAGUCCAAAGGAUUGGGCGAACUUGAAGGUGGCUUUUCCUGAUAAUGACAAACAAAGUAGAAUAUUAAUUACUACUCGUGAUCUCAACGUUGCAGAAAGUUGCUGCUCUGGUCUCCACAAUCUUGUUUACAGUAUGAAACCUCUACCCUUUGAAGAAUCUAAGAAGCUAUUUUAUAAGAGAGUAUUCAAGUCCAAUAUAUGUCCUCCAUCAUAUCAUGAUUUGGAAGUAAUCUCUGACAGCAUAUUGAAAAAAUGCAGUGGUUUGCCACUAGCCAUAGUUUGCAUUGGAGGAAUGCUAGCUCGAACAAAAAAUAAGACGAGAGCAGAAUGGGAAAAGCUGUGUGACAGAUUGGGUUCAGGGUUAGAAACAAAUCCAACUAUAGGAGGAAUGAGAAGGAUACUCGCUCUUGGAUACCAUGAUUUGCCCUACUAUUUGAAGGCUUGCUUCUUGUAUCUUAGUGUAUUCCCUGAGGACUACGAGAUAAAGAGAAGACCCCUGGUUCAUGACAUAAUGCUGGAAGUGAUCACCUACAAGUCUAUCCAAGAGAACUUCAUUUCUUUCAUGGGUAGUAGACAAUACAGCGCACCGGGGCACGACAAGAUCAAGCGACUUUCAAUUCAUACUGAUGUCAGUGGCAAUGGUAAAGAGCAAAAUGAAGAUGCUGAUGACCCCAACAUUAACUUUUCUCACACCCGUUCACUGUUAAUUCUGCGGUGCAACAAGAAACCACUGCCCAUCACCUUUGCUCACUUAAAACUGUUAAGGGUUUUAGACCUUGAAGAUUGUCAGUGGCUGAGUGAUGAAGAUUUGAAGGAAAUAUGUAAACUGACUCUGCUAAGGUAUCUUAGCCUUAGAAGAACAAAUGUUACAGGUCUGCCCAAGCUAGUUGGAAGACUGAAGGAGCUGGUAACACUGGAUGUAAGGGAGACAUCCAUUAGGGACUUACCUGAAACCAUCACUUGGCUGGGAAAUCUGAAGCAUCUACUUGGCGGCUGGUAUAGGCACUACACAAAGAUGAGCCGAGUCAAGCUUUUUGAACCAUACAAAGCUCUUAGGAUACCGCAUGGCUUGAAGAACAUGAAAUGCAUUCAAAGGAUUGCCCAUAUUGACAUUGUAACAAGCUCCGCCAGCGCGAUGCAGGAAAAAAAUCUAUUUCCCAGGCUCAAGCAGCUGAUUAUAGACAAUGCACCAAACCUUGAUGAGCUCAGAUUUGAUGGAGGUGCCCCUAAUCUCGAGAGGCUCACACUGGCUUUUGAGAGACAGCCUGCAAAUGGUAUUUUCGGCAUUGAGAACCUCCCGAGACUCGUGGAGGUUGAGUUCUUCGGUGAAACUAUUGUUGACUCCCUAGUGCAGGGAAUGAUAGCUGAGGCCAAGUUCCAUCCAAACAGACCAAGAGUUUAUAUAGAGAAGAUUGAGUUAUCCAGGACAACUCCAAAUAAUCCAGUUGACAUAAUAGACCCAAUGUGCUGA